UGGAGUUUCGCCACUGAGCAUGCUCGGCUACAGAAAGGCGAUCCGGUGUUCUCUGGCUGCAACGGUCGCUUUAUUUCUGCGUAGUACAAAUCGUGCACGGCAGUGGUCAGCGAUACACAGGUGCGUGCACAACGACCGUAAAGACUGCUCAGUAAUGGAAUUACCGAAAGUGGUCGAAAUACUCGAGCGCAUAGCUCCGCCAUCGACGGCAGCAUCGUGGGACAACGUUGGUCUGCUGGUCGAACCUAGCGGUUCGCCUGUCGUGAAGUGCGUGUUUCUAACGAACGACCUCACGCUGCCAGUGUUGGACGAAGCGGAACAGCGAAACGCUCAGCUGAUUGUAUCCUACCACCCGCCCAUCUUCGCGCCACUGCGCGCACUUCGUCAGUCGCAGUGGAAGGAGAGGCUCGUCAUCCGCUGUCUCGAGAGAGGCAUCGCUGUCUACUCGCCGCACACGGCUUGGGACGCCGUAGAAGGUGGAGCCAACGACUGGCUGGCGUCGUGCCUUGGGCCAUCUUCGACGACGGAACCGUUAACGACCGACGGCGCGGGCCGCAGGCUACAUCUCGACCCGCCCGUGGCCCUGGAAGAACUCGCAACGCGACUCAGAACGCACGUGGGAGCGUCGAAAGUGAGACUGGCAUUGGCAGUGCGGCACACCGCGAGCUCUGCCAUCUCGCGGAUCUCCCUGUGCGCGGGCUCCGGCAUUUCCGUGCUUCGCGACGAAUUCGACGACGCCGAGCUUGUCAUAACUGGCGAAAUGUCGCACCACGACAUACUGGACGCCACGCAGAGAGGCGCAUCUGUGCUGUUGUGCGAGCAUGCAGUAUCCGAACGCGGGUCGCUGGGCCAAUUAGGCAAGCGACUGAGCCGAGAGGCACCCGACCUCACCGUGAUCAUUUCGCAAGCAGACACUGGACCCCUUCAACUCGUCUAAUUUUUUUAUUGUCGCUAUUUGACCGGUUUCAUGUGCCACAGGCCGUCGUUGAGGUAGUGCACGUUCUCCACACCGAUGCCCUUGUUGAUGCUCGCUCUGCAAGCAAGUGCACACAGAAUAAUGUUAACAGAAUUUGUACACUAAAAUGUCGCGUCUAAGCAUGUUCAAUACAGUGCAGCAGCUAGCUGUUUGUGUUCGGUCUCGGGAUACCAGCCAAUGCUACUAUGUGUUGUUCGAAGCAAAAACGCACAGUGAUGGUAUUUCACUUGAAGGCACAAUUAUGUAUUCAAGGUCAUAACAGCAGCUUGAAAAAUAACGAAAUACUUACAUGUCGUCCGUAGACAUCGUUGUAAAGCCAACAGCCAAGGAGUGCUGCUUGCCUUCGGCCAUGAUUGCCUAAUGAACGGUCAAGGAAUGCUGCGAAAGUACUCGCAAUUGUCAAGUGAAGUCUCAGCAUAAGUUUUCACCAGUUUCCCUCGGGCCUAUCAAAUAAAAUAACAGCAAUCUUUCGAA